AUGUUUACAUAUGUACUAUACAGUUGUCUGGCAGUGUAUUUGACGAGUUCGUUAGCUGUUUAUGGGCGAAUUGCUGGCAGAAGUCAAGCUGGAUGCAAGAUUGGUUUUAACAGAAGAUUAACGGCGUUUAUUACCCCUAAAACGCACGACUACAGGCAUAUUUUAAGAGCAGCUGAAAGGGAAACUACAUCUGAUAAGAAACUGUACCUCGUUAACCCCCGGGGAUUCUGUGAGGGUGUGAGCAGAGCGAUACGCACAGUGGAGGAAACAGUGAGGAUUUUCGGACCACCAAUAUACGUAAAGCACGAAAUAGUACACAAUGAAGCCGUAUGUAACCGCCUAAGGGCCAAGGGUGUGGUGUUCAUCGAGGACUUAAACUUGGUUCCCGAGAACUCUAUUAUAAUUUAUUCCGCACACGGAAUAUCUCCAGAGAUCAGGGAGCUCGCCAAGUCAAGGAAUCUUGUGGAAAUCGACGCUUCCUGCCCACUUGUGAACAAGGUCCAUGUGUAUGUAAAAAAUAAGGCCAAGGAAGGGUACAAGAUUGUCUUAAUCGGCCACAAAAACCACCAGGAGAUCAUUGGGACUAGCGGAGAGGCUCCAGAGGCCGUGACUGUCGUUGAGAAUGUGUCAGAUGUGCAGGCGCUCGACUUCCCUACCGAUACCAAACUGUUCUACGUUACUCAGACGACUCUGAGCUUGGACGACUGCAAGCACAUUAAGGACGCCCUGGUUGCCAAAUACCCGCACAUCGAGACCAUUCCCAGCGGCUCAAUUUGCUACGCCACCACCAACAGGCAGACUGCCAUUCACAAGGUCACCAAGCUGGUCGACAUGGUCCUGAUCGUCGGAAGCAAGCUGUCUUCAAACGCCAAGAGGCUCGUCGAGGCUGCUUUGAACCGCGACGUGAAGUCGUACUUGGUUUUUGACGCCGACGACGUCACUGAGGAGCUCGUCGGCUCGGCUCGCAAUAUCGCACUUUCGUCUUCAGCCUCCACUCCCGAGGACCUCACUCAGGCUGUGAUGGACAAACUCAGCUCACCGCCCUUUAAUUUCGUCGUUGAGGAGUUCGAUGGAGCAGUAGAGCGUGUGCCUAACUGGAGGUUGCCAAGGUACUUUAUGUUUGCGCCAGUGACCUAUAACAACGUUUAG